CUGUGUACAGUCGAUAUGGGCAUCUACCCUCUAUAUCAAAAAUAUGAUUUACCUGAGAAGCUGGACAGGACAACAAAAAAAAGACAAGUCCCGCCCACUCUUGCAUCUGAUUGGCUGAUGUUACAACAGGGCGUACUCUCCUCUCACCUUGUGGCUCCCAGCCUCUCUCACUUCUUCACACUGCCAUGCAGGAAUGAAGUCUGCAAACAGGCGCUUUGUGUCUGUAAACCUUUGACCUUUCUAAGUGGUUUCUGGGUAUGUGCUACAUGUGGGAAAGUGUAUAAGUGUGUGUGUGUGGGUGUGUGUGUUUUUUUUUUUUUCCAGGAUGAGUUUGUACAGGAAAUUCUCAUUAGACAGCAGCGUAGUUUCAAAAAACACAACGUCACCUUCCACAAACUGUUCCCAGAGAUCCCCGAAGAAGACGAGCUGACGCACAACUUUGUUUGCGCCCUGCAGAAGGAAGUGUUGUAUUACGGCCGACUGUACCUCUCUGAGAAGUACGUGUGUUUCCACUCGUCCGUGCUGCUCAAAGACACCAAGGUGGUCAUCCCCUUGUCCAGCCUGCAGGAGGUGAAGAAGCACAGCCAGACUUUGUCCGUCUUGUCCAUCCAAACUGCUGACGGAGAGAAGUACUUCUUUGUGUCCUUGCGGAACCGUGAGAUGUGCUACAGCCUCCUGCACGGACACUGCGCACAUCAACAGGAGACUUCCACCGGCAGCCCUUCUACUUCCUCCCAAGACAGCAAAGACCACGGCGACGGGAAGGAGCCAAGUCGGAGGUUCGAGGACCAGCGAGAUGAACUUGGGUCUGAAUUAGUCCGUAAAGAGCCUUCUAGAACCAGGAGCAGCAGCAAAGAGGCGGAACAAGCCUCAUCCUGGCUGUGGCGGGUGAUGGAGGACGUCAACUCCUUGUUCUCCCACCUGCACAGCCUGAACUUCAGCACGGUGUUCUACGUCUACGUGGUGUUGUUGCUGCUGCUGCUGCUGGUGUCUGCGUACAUGGUCCUGAGGAUGAUGGCGCUGGAAGAGCAGCUCAACUUCCUGGGAGCGCUCGCCAAGUUUCCCCCGCGCCACACCGAUGCAACAAAAACUUAGCGGCGGGAAGACAACCACCUUUUCACUUCCUCCAAUAACGCUGUUGCUAAUUGUGACAAUGAAAUGAGUAAGAUGUUCAUAUGUGUGUAAAUAUAUAAUAUAUAUAUAUAUAUGUAAAUAUGUCUUGAUUGGAUUAUCCAGAGAAUAGUGCUCGAUACCGUGGUAGAGCGCAAUAUGUAGGUGUGGGAAAAAAUCACAAGACUACUUCAUCUCUACAGAUCUGUUUCAUGAGGGGUUCCCUCAAUCAUCAGGAGAUUUUAAUGGAAGCAUUCACAUACAAUGGUUUAUAUAGAGCACAGAGUGGGUGGGUACAAGCAGGCGUAGGGUGUGGUGAUUGGCUCAUGUUUUACCUAGGAGGUGUUUCCGUCUAUGGCGGCAUGUUGAAAUGAUUUCACUGCGCUUGUUGAGAGAUGAUAGAUCUGGAUGAUAUAUAAUAAACAGUUUCUCUUUUAA